UUCACGGAGAUAGCCAUGAACAGCUGCCGGCACAACGGGGGGGCCAUCCGACCGCUGGGCCGCCUGGGCAUCUCCCCCCGCCACCUGGGCGAGCUGGACGCCGAGACGCAGCCCCUGCAGACCUUCCCCGACUCCGACUUGGAGGUGGUGGUGGCCAAGGCCGAGCCGGGCAAGGGGGGCUCGGAGCCCCAGCUGGACGGCAGGGCAGAGGGGCCCGUGGGGCGCGACCCCCGCCACAGGAGGAACCAGAACGUCGGGCACCGGCUGGGCCACCGGCGGGCUCUCUUCGAGAAGCGCAAGCGGCUGAGCGACUACGCGCUCAUCUUCGGCAUGUUCGGCAUCGUCGUCAUGGUGACGGAGACGGAGCUGUCCUGGGCCAUCUACUCCAAGGAUUCCUCGUACUCCUUCGCCCUCAAAUGCCUCAUCAGCCUCUCCACCGCCAUCCUCCUGGGGCUGAUCAUCAUGUACCACGCCCGGGAGAUCCAGCUGUUCAUGGUGGACAACGGGGCGGACGACUGGCGCAUCGCCAUGACCUGUGAGCGCAUCUCCUUCAUCACGCUGGAGCUGCUGGUCUGCGCCGUCCACCCCAUCCCCGGGCAGUACGUCUUCACCUGGACCACCCGGCUGGCCUUCACCUACGCCACCUCGGAGGCCAGCACCGACGUGGACAUCACGCUCUCCAUCCCCAUGUUCCUGCGCCUCUACCUGAUCGGCCGGGUGAUGCUGCUGCACAGCAAGCUCUUCACCGACGCCUCUUCGCGCAGCAUCGGCGCCCUGAACAAGAUCAACUUCAACACCCGCUUCGUCAUGAAGACCCUCAUGACCAUCUGCCCGGGCACCGUCCUCCUGGUCUUCAGCAUCUCUUCCUGGAUCAUCGCCGCCUGGACCGUGCGUGUCUGCGAGAGGUACCACGACAAGCAGGACGUGACCAGCAACUUCCUGGGCGCCAUGUGGCUGAUCUCCAUCACCUUCCUCUCCAUCGGAUAUGGGGACAUGGUUCCCCACACCUACUGCGGGAAAGGGGUCUGCCUGCUCACCGGGAUCAUGGGUGCAGGGUGUACAGCGCUUGUGGUUGCCGUUGUGGCCCGGAAACUGGAACUCACCAAAGCCGAGAAACACGUCCACAACUUCAUGAUGGACACACAAUUAACAAAGCGGGUGAAGAACUCGGCGGCCAACGUGCUCAGGGAAACGUGGCUGAUCUACAAGCACACCAAGCUGGUGAAAAAGCUCGACCAGGCCAAGGUGCGGAAACACCAGCGUAAGUUCCUCCAAGCCAUCCAUCAGCUAAGAAGCGUGAAGAUGGAGCAAAGGAAGCUGAGCGAUCAAGCCAACAUGCUGGUGGAUCUAUCCAAGACCCAGAACAUCAUGUACGACGUGGUGUCCGAACUGCAGGAGCGCAACGAAGACCUGGAGAAGCGGAUCAGUGCGCUGGAGGGCAAAAUUGACACGUUGGGAUUCACCCUGCAUGCGCUGCCCGGCCUCGUCAGCCAAGCUAUCUGGCAGCAGCAGCACCAGCACCGGGCCCUGCCCCGGGGCCACGGCACCUCCCACGGCUCCGAGCGCUCUCUGUGGACCCCCACGCAGCGGCGGGAGUCUCCCUCCACCGCCCCCCACACAUCCUCCAACAGCGGGUGA